GCUUUUAUGUGUGCUUUUAUUUUUAAAAUAAAAAAACCAAAACUAUCCUAUUAAUUUUUCCCAAAAAUAAAUUUGCUUUUUGCUCUACAUAAUAAGUGAAUUUUGUUUUAAUAAGUUUUCUUUUGAAUCAUUUUCUAAAGUCCUUUUUUUACUUUUCUUUUUUUAAAAACGAUUUUAGUAUAUUAUUUGUGAUAUAAAGUGUUAAAUUGUAUCUUGAGCUUUGCUAUAUCAGCUAUUUUUUCAUGGAUUUAAAGAAAACUCGAGAUGUAUUCAGUGUAUUCUAAACAACUUUUUAAAAAGUGCACAUUUUCUUUUGAGUAUAAAUCAAGGUAGGGUCUUUAGAACUCUUAUAAUUUUUCAGAAUUAUUGACAUGUGUAGAUUGUAGUGAUUCUCAAAAGAUUUUUUUUUAAAAUUAUCUAAAAGUGCCCAUAGAGGCUGUUAUAAAAAAUAAAUACAUAAAACGUAUAUAGAUCUACCCCAUUAACUAAUUGCUCUUGUCACGGAACCACCAGCCUGUAUGUGAUUAUAUCCGACAAUAUGACGAUACAUUAUAAAACAGAAUAUUUUAUAAAACAAAACAUGUAGCCUUAGACUGAGGGAAAUACAAAGAUAUCAGGUUGCUCCCAGGACCGGCCCUCAGCACGUGGAAAGCAGUACACCCGCGUGAUCGGGAUUAGCUACCUCAUACGGGCAGGAAAAUUAUAGCUGAGAGCUUGUGCGAAACCGUGCUAUAACUCGUCACCAUCCAAGUAGUAUUUCUGACUGACGUUAAGGAUCAAAUGUGCUGUUCUUGCCUCAGGAUCGACGAAUUCAGGAAUCAAACAACAGGUGUUGGUUCUGUCGAGCGGGAUCAAUAUCUGAAACGCGCUUGAGUGUCUAUGUGAGUGCACACGUGCUGCGGUGGUUGGUGGUGGUCGUUGUUGUGGCUGUGAACUGGCCGGCGUUAUUAGCAGUUAGCGAGCUGGUUUGUUUCGAUGCGGACGAAGUAUUUGGAGGAUACUAAUAUUUCUUUUGCUGCGUGCGUGCCGGUUUGAGGAAGUGGAAGAGCGCAGGUUUUAGCCGGGACAAGUCAUCACGCUCACAGGAUGGGGUUAUGGAUAUGAAAACAUAGGAAUCAGAAGGAGCAAAGAUUGACUCUAAAAGAAGUUGGGACUCCCCCGGACAGUUUCGCUACGCUGCUUGUCCUGGUGGUCAUCUAAGUGGUCAACAAAACUGUUCAUCGACUGACCUCAAGUGCCUUGACUAUGAUUAUCACAGGAACAAAGUGCUUGCAGCAGCCUACUAGGACAAAAGACAGCUCUUUUCUGAACCCAUUAUAUCAGUGACGUCACUUCUCUCGUCUGUGAAAUGGGCUAAACAGCGGAUGAUACUUUCGCCUGUAGUUGUAGUUAUACGGAAUCUGUAUGUCUCAUUGAUUAUAAUAUUUAACACAAUACGAAACAUUUGCACAACUCUGCUGUUUUUGGGACGUCUUUUUGUUCUAAAACAGAACUUUCUAUUGUGUUUGUGAACUUGUUUUUUUGCCACUGAGUGGCAUUUUCUAGAGUUGAAUUCUAAGCUUGUUGUUGCUUGUUGAAACCAUCCUUUUUUGUUGUUGAUUUUCCUGGUUUCCUUGUUUGCAAAUUGCUUUUUAUGAGCGGACGGAAAGGGGAAAGCCAAUUUUUGUGUUUGGGGUUUCUGCAUUGUUAUGUAAAACAUUGCGUAAUAGAAAAAAUCCUGAAUAAACUGGCGUGAGAGAGAAGUAAUAAUAGUAAUAACAUAUAAUUGUGAGUUCAAAGGGUAUAGCGAGUGUUACUUCAACGAAUAUUUCACUUUCAUGGACAGGAUUCUAUGUUUUCGACAUGACUGUAGAUUUUUUAACACAAGAGAAUCCCAUCCUUGCUCAACUUGGCAGAUAACAAGCUCAUGCGGAUAACAUAACGAGUGCAUCUGUCCAGCUUUAUAACCUUUAAAGCUUCUUGAACCGUUUGGGAGUGAAAUUCAAGAGGUUAUAUUGUCACUUUUUGUUUAAAAAGGAAAUCAAUUCGGCGUUGGAGUGUUCGCUUACCUUCGUACGGAUUACCUUUCUAUUUCGUUUGUGGAUUUAAAUGCCGUACGGCGCCCAGCCCAGACGAUGGAAUAUGGAAGUAUCGGGAUUACUGGACCCUUUCGUCACGCUGUCCACUUCUUCAUCCUGGUCAGUUUGCUGGCUCUCAGUCAGCUGGACACAGCAGCGUCACAGAGCAUGUAUACUUGGGCUGUAGGU